UGCAUUCUGACGUGUCAAAAAUAUUCGCGCAUGCGCGCGAAAACCUCGUGCAGAGUCUGCAGUCUGCAGAAGUGCAAAGUUGCAGAUAUUUGUUAAUUUCGUUUCGUUAACUUCGUUUAUUCUUCUCUGAAUUAUUGUUCGUGCUGUUCGUAACAAUGUCCAAAGAAGAAAUGGAAUAUUUUACGCAUCAGCCCAAUAAAAAUUCUUCUGAAUUAGACAAUCCGUUGAGAUUGCCGGAGACCAUCGAUUUCGCAGCGGAGGAAAAGAAGACGCUGAAAAGAUGGGAGGAAAGGCAAACGUUCGAAAAGAGCAUGCAAUUAUCGCUAGACAAGCCUAUAUAUUCGUUUUACGAUGGACCGCCAUUCGCCACCGGUUUACCGCAUUACGGGCACAUUCUUGCCGGCACCAUAAAGGACAUUGUGACAAGGUUCGCGUAUCAAUGUGGAUACCACGUGGAGCGUAAAUUUGGUUGGGAUUGUCAUGGAUUGCCGGUGGAGAAUGAGAUAGACAAGGAAUAUAAUAUCAAAGGGCCCGAUGAUGUGGCCAAAAUGGGCAUCAGAGAAUACAAUCUCAAAUGCCGUAAAAUCGUGAUGAGAUAUUCCGACGAGUGGGAAAAGAUCACUGCACGAAUAGGUAGAUGGAUGGACUUUCGUGAAGACUAUAAAACCAUGUAUGCGUGGUACAUGGAAUCCAUUUGGUACAUCUUUAAGCAGUUAUACAAUAAAGGACUCAUUUAUAAAAGUUUUAAGGUGAUGCCUUAUUCUACUGCCUGUAAUACUGUACUGUCAAACUUUGAAGCAGGUCAGAAUUACAAAGAUGUUGUCGAUCCAUCUGUGGUGGUCGCCUUUCCUUUGCUCGAUGAGCCAGAUGUGUUCCUGUUGGCUUGGACGACUACUCCUUGGACGUUACCUAGUAACUUGGCGCUAUGUGUCAAUCCUACCUUUGAAUAUGUAGAAGUCAAGGAUAACGCUUCCGGUAAUGUUUACAUCAUGUUAGAGACUCAAUUAAAGCUUGUUUUCAAAUCCCCAGAUCUAUAUACUAUACAAGGUAAGAGAAAGGGCAUGGAUCUGAAAGGAAAAGAAUAUGAACCACUAUUUCCAUAUUUCAUGCAUUGUAAAGAGAAGGGUGCUUUCAAAGUAUUGAAUGAUACUUAUGUCACAUCGGAGACAGGAACUGGUAUCGUCCAUCAAGCUCCAUUCUUUGGUGAAGAUGAUUAUCGAUGUUGCCUAGAAGCUGGUAUAAUAACGAAAGAACAGAAGGUUAUAUGUCCUGUAGAUAGCUGUGGUCGUUUCAUAGAGCCAGUUUGUGAUUUUCUCGGCAUGUACAUCAAGGAUGCAGAUAAGGAAAUAAUCAAAUAUCUCAAAGCUAAAAAGAAAUUGAUCGUCAAUAGUACAAUAAAACACAGUUAUCCAUUCUGCUGGAGAACUGACACACCACUCAUGUAUAAAGCUGUGCCAUCUUGGUUCCUCAGGGUAGAAUUGAUCAAGGACAAGCUAUUGAUGGCAAACAGUUCAACUUAUUGGGUACCCAACUACGUAAAGGAGAAACGAUUCGGCAAUUGGCUGCGUGACGCUCGCGAUUGGGCUAUCAGCAGAAAUCGUUACUGGGGCAAUCCAAUACCAUUGUGGAUUUCCGAUGACCAGGAGGAAAUUGUAUGUGUAGGCAGUAUUGAGGAGCUGGAGCAAUUAACAGGCACAAAAAUAGAGGAUCUUCAUCGAGACAUUGAUCAUUUGGAGAUACCAUCGAAACGUCCCGGGCAUCCACCAUUGCGUCGCAUCCCUGAGGUUUUCGACUGCUGGUUCGAGUCCGGUUCCAUGCCAUAUGCACAGAUGCAUUAUCCGUUCGAUCAGAGAGAAGAUUUCGAUAAACGUUUCCCGGCAGACUUCAUUGCCGAGGGGAUCGAUCAGACACGCGGUUGGUUUUACACACUUCUGGUGAUAUCCACUGCGCUGUUCGAUAAAGCACCGUAUAAGAAUCUCGUCGUCAACGGUUUGGUCCUCGCCUCCGACGGUCAGAAGAUGUCGAAACGCAAAAAAAAUUAUCCCGAUCCCAUGGCUGUAAUCAAUAAAUACGGAGCGGAUGCCCUACGACUUUAUCUGAUCAAUUCUCCGGUUGUAAGAGCCGAAAAUCUACGAUUCAAAGAAGAGGGUGUUCGAGAUAUUAUCAAGGACGUUCUUCUACCCUGGUACAACGCGUUUCGAUUUCUUAUACAGAAUAUUGACCAAUUUGAAAGAGAGAAAGGAGAAAGAUUUGUAUUUGAUGAAACAAAUCUUUCUCAUUCCAUUAAUAUAAUGGACAAGUGGAUUAUAUCUUGCACCCAGACGCUAUUGGUUUUCGUGAAAGAAGAGAUGCAGGAAUACAAAUUAUAUACUGUAGUUCCUCACUUAAUAAAAUACAUAGAUAAUCUUACAAACUGGUACGUGAGAAUGAACAGGAAGCGUAUCAAGAGCGAGGAGGACUCUGACGAUUGUAAGGAUGCGUUAAAUACUCUAUUCCUAGUUAUUUACACAAUGGUACGAGUCUACGCACCAUUUGUGCCGUUUUUAACAGAAUAUAUGUUUGACUGGUUGAAAAAAUGGUUGCGUAUGGAGGAUCAAACUAGUGUACAUUUUCAAAUGUUACCGGAAGCACAUAAAGAUUUGAUAGACGUGAGCAGAGAGGAAGCUAUAUCAUGCAUGCAGACUGUCAUUGAAUUAGCGCGUAUCGUGCGAGAUAGGAAGACCAUACCCACAAAAUAUCCCUUGCGAGAAAUCGUAGUGAUUCAUCAGGAUACCGAUGUAUUAAAGAACAUUCUUCUAUUAAAAACGUAUAUACUUAAAGAGCUCAACAUCAGAGAAUUAACAGUCACUACUGAUAAGGAAAAAUAUGGUGUGACUCUGAGAGCCGAACCAGAUCACAAGAUCCUUGGUGCUCGCUUAAAAGACAAAUUCAAGCAGAUUGUACAGGCCAUCAGAGAAUUAUCCGACGAAGAGUUGCAAAAGUUUGUCGCCACAAAAGAAAUUGUCGUGCAAGGUCAUAAACUUGGAGAACAGGAUCUGCGCUUGAUGUUUAACUUUACUGGACCGGCUGCCCAAGAAUUAUCGGAGCGAUACGAAGCUCAUAGUGAAGGAAACAUGUUAAUCCUUCUGGACAUCACUCUCGACGAGGAUCUAUAUAACGAGGGAAUAGCACGAGAAGUGAUCAAUCGAGUACAGAAGUUGCGAAAAAAGUCUAAUCUUAUACCAUCUGAUAAAGCUGUCGUGUUUUACGAUAUCAAGGACAAAAAUAGUACAUUGGCCAAGGUGAUCGUCAGCCACAAGAAAUUCAUCGAAAACACGACCAAAACUCCAUUAAAAGAUCUAUCGGAAUUUUCUCAGAAUAUGGAUUACGUUACUCUCCUUAGUGAAAUACAGAUAAUCAAAGAGGAAACAAUUACCUUGUCAUUGGCUCGGGAACGAACCGAAAUUACUGAAAAGGAUAAGGACGUAAAUAUGCACCCUCACGUCUUCAUUACGCUUGUGGGUAUAAAACCGAGAUUCGAUGCGGCAUUCAACGAUCAUAAAAAUCCUGCGAGAGUGUGGUUGUGCGUUGAUCAUCUUGGUAUCAUCACAUACGAACGUCUGAAACAGGAAAUUGAAUUGAUAUUCGGUAUUUACGAUACUUCGUAUGAUUUGUACAUUAACAAUAAGAAGUUUACUAUAACAAUGGACAAUACGCCGGUAGAUGUAGACUUGUUAAAUGAACAAAUGAUAAAAGUCGUGAAGUCAGGGAUGUCAUUGCCAUCUGAUGAAUCUCUUGUUGUUUGAUGUUAUCAUGAUUGAAAAGGAAAACAGAAUGGUAAAUCUCAUAAACAAACAUUGUUAUUACAUUUUAUAAUAUGUAAGUUCCUAAAAAAAGAAAUAGUGUUUUAUAAUAUUACAGCUUCAAAUUAGAUAAAAAUUGAGUGAAUUCUAAGCUGUUCAGUUUUUUUUUAUUAAUGAAAGUAUUUAUACUAUAAAGCAUUAGAAAAUAAUAUUUAUCUCUUAAGUUAAUUGCAACGUGUUCUAUUCUUUUGUUUAUUUCAUAUAUAUAAUGACUUAAUAUUUAUAAUUUAACUUCAUUAUGUAUAAUACAAUUCUUUUAAUAAAAUUAUAUUGAGAAUUUUGUAAAUUAAAAA